AUGUCCUCUUCGAGUGAAGAAGAAAUAGAUGAACUUUUGAGAAAUAGAAUAAGACGACAGCCGAGGAAUUUUGAGGAAAGACGGCUUUUAGACGUAGAAAAUCCACGCGAAUUUCAACAGAAGUUUCGUCUCCCAGUCAAUGCAUCCGAACAUUUACUGGCAGCAGUGGGUCCGCAAUUGGAACACAGAACACGGUGCAACAGAGCGUUGACGGCGAGACAACAAUUGUUAGUAUUUCUCCACUUCCUUGGUACGAACUCGUUUUACCAUGUGAUGCAUUCGUGCCAUGGAAUUUCAACAUCAACGGUUUGGAAUGUCAUAGACCGCGUUACGCCAGCAAUACUAAGUUUACAGCGAGAACUUGUUUGUUGGCCCAAGCAGCCCCUUCGAAUCGCUUCAAAGUUUCAUGAUAUAGCUGGGUUUCCUUGUGUUGCUGGUUGCGUGGAUGGAACCCAUGUUCUGGUAAAUCCCCCGGCUGGUGAUGAAGAUGCAUACGUGAAUCAGCAUCAUACGAAAUCCCUCGAUGUGGCCAUGGUUUGCGGCCCAGAUUACUCAAUAUAUUUCUGUAGCAGCCGAUGUCCUGGGAGAUGGCAUGACUCGCGGGUUCUCAAAGAGAGUACUCUGUGGACUGCAUUUGAAGAAAAUGCUCAGAGGCCAUUCCCUGGAGCAGUAAUUCUAGGCGACUCUGCCUACUCGUGCAACAGCUGGCUGAUUCCUCCUUUCAGGGGAGAUGUAGAAGGCUUAAGAGUCAGAAGUAUGGAACGAGCUGCUAAACUUAUCCAGUGUGCAGCCAUACUACACAACAUUUGCAUACUAUUUAACAAUGAUGGUGCUGAUCUUUUGGAUGACGAAGAUUUGGAAAUUGAUGGAGGGGAGUCUGCCGAGCAAGACGAGGGGCAGGAGGACAGACGACAAGAGCUCUUGGCGCAUUUUCUUUGA